UCGUUCGCCCAACAAAAUAUUUCAACAUAACCUCACCCGUACAACUGUCAAUUCCAGAAAGUGAUUGUUGACAAAUUGAAACGAAAUUAGAGAAUUAACAAUAUGCCUUCAAAAAAGAAAAAAUAUAAUGCCAGAUUUCCAGCAGGACGUAUAAAAAAAAUUAUGCAAACAGAUGAAGAAGUGGGAAAAGUGGCACAAGCUGUACCAGUUAUAAUUUCUCGAACUCUAGAACUUUUUGUGGAGUCUCUGUUAACAAAGUCGAUGCAGAUAACACAGUCAAGAAAUGCAAAGACUUUAACUCCGUCCCAUAUGAAGCAAUGUAUAUUAUCCGAAAGUCGUUUUGACUUUUUAAAAGACUUAGUGAAAAACAUCCCAGACGCCAGUGCACAAGAAGAUAACGAAAACAACGCGUUGUUCGAAGCUAAUCUACAUAAACUCGAAGAAUCCAAUAUAAAACCGGAUUCACAGCCAACCUUACCAGAAGAUUUGCCAAAACCUGAGAUAUCAGCAAACUUUUAUACAGAGCAAAGUACAUCCACGGGCAGAACACCAGUCAUCCAAUAUGGACCUAAAGUGGCACAAAUUGAGUCCAAGAAGUUGAGUUUUUCAGUUAAUAGUUUGCUUGACCAAACAAAAGAAGAAUCUACGCUGCAUGUAACUGUAGCCGAACCUGUACCUGUACCUGUACCGCCCUUAGUUCCGGCGAGAAGCACAUCUUCAAAUAGUAAUGUAUAUGAAAAUACACCGCCAGUCAAUUGUGACAACAUCCCUCCGUUGAUACCGAUUUCACAUCACUAUUACAGUCAAAACACAGAAGACAAUUUAUGUAUUGAUGAAGACUAUGAUAAUUAGUAUUUUAAAAAUUAUAUUCUACUGUUUCUGUGACUUGAGGUUAACGUAAUAAUUUGUACUACCUGUCCCAUUGUUCCAUUGCCUGUUAUUACUUACUAGUGAUUACAAUAAAAUGUUUAUGGAAAUGAA